AUGGAACUAAGAAGAUCACAAAGGCAAAGAAAACCUGCCUUAGGAGAUGAUUAUUUUGUGUACUUGCAGGGAGCAGAACAUGAUGUGAAUACCACUGAAGAUCCUGCAACCUUCAAACAGGCCAUGACAAGUGAAAAGAAGGAAAAUUGGUUUGCAGCAAUGAAAUCAGAACUGAAUUCAAUGGAGAAAAAUGGAGUCUGGAAGCUUGUGACUUUACCUCAAGGUUGCAAACCAAUUGGUUGUAAGUGGGUAUAUAAAACGAAGUUGGACUCAAAAGGGCAGAUAGACAGGUAUAAGGCAAGAUUGGUUGCGAAGGGAUUCACACAGAAAGAAGGAAUAGAUUUAAAUGAAACUUUCUCACCAGUCUCAACCAAAGAUUCAUUAAGGGUUAUCAUGGCCCUUGUAGCACAUUUUGACCUCCACUUGGACCAGAUGGAUGUCAAAACAGCUUUCCUAAAUGGAGAUUUGGAAGAAGAAAUAUACAUGGUACAACCUGAAGGAUUUUUUCAAGAAGGGGGAAAAAGUUUGGUCUGCAAGCUAUGCAAAUCGAUCUACGGAUUAAAACAAGCUUCUAGACAGUGGUACCUAAAGUUCAACAAGAUAGUGAAAGAUUUUGGUUUUGUUGAGAAUGUUCUAGAUGAAUGCAUAUACAUGAAGAUGAGUGAGAGACAUUUCAUUAUACUAGUUCUGUAUGUGGAUGACAUUUUACUAGCCUGCACAAACCUCACCAUGUUACAUGACUGCAAGAGUUUCCUAUCUAAGAACUUUGAAAUGACUGAUCUAGCUGAGGCAUCAUAUGUUUUAGGCAUAGAUAUAAGCAGAGAUCGAAAGAAUGGGGUACUUGGACUGUCACAAAAAUCCUACUGUUUGGGCCAAAAGAAAUCACACGACAGCCCACUUCCCACAAAGGCCCACAAAACAAAAAGACGAAGGAUUGGGCUUUGA